GGCGGAAGUGACGUCACCGCCCUCGAGGCCCUCCGGUGGGUCGCCGGUCCUCGUCCCGUGCGCGCCGCCCCUGCCGCUCGGCCGCCGGGAACAUGGCAUCCGCACUGGAGCAGUUCGUCAACAGCGUCCGCCAGCUCUCGGCCCAAGGGCAAAUGACGCAGCUCUGCGAACUGAUCAACAAGAGUGGGGAGCUCCUUGCGAAGAACCUGUCGCAUCUGGACACGGUGCUCGGGGCUCUGGACGUGCAGGAGCACUCCCUGGGCGUCCUCGCCGUUCUGUUUGUGAAGUUCUCCAUGCCCAGCGUGCCCGACUUCGAGACGCUGUUCUCGCAGGUCCAGCUCUUCAUCAGCACUUGUAACGGGGAGCACAUCCGCUACGCGACGGACACCUUUGCGGGGCUUUGCCAUCAGCUAACAAAUGCACUUGUGGAAAGGAAGCAGCCCCUGCGAGGAAUCGGCGUCCUCAGGCAAGCCAUCGACAAGAUGCAGAUGAACACAAACCAGCUGACCUCGGUCCAUGCCGACCUCUGCCAGCUGUGUCUGCUGGCCAAGUGCUUCAAGCCUGCGCUCCCGUACCUGGACGUGGACAUGAUGGACAUCUGCAAGGAGAACGGGGCGUACGACGCCAGGCACUUCCUGUGCUACUACUACUACGGCGGCAUGCUCUACACCGGCCUUAAGGACUUCGAGAGAGCCCUCUACUUCUACGAGCAGGCCAUCGCCACCCCUGCCAUGGCCGUCAGCCACAUCAUGCUGGAGUCGUACAAGAAGUACAUCCUGGUCUCCCUGAUACUGCUCGGCAAGGUGCAGCAGCUGCCCAAGUACACGUCUCAGAUCGUGGGCAGGUUCAUCAAGCCUCUCAGCAACGCGUACCACGAGCUGGCACAGGUCUACUCCACCAACAACCCCUCGGAGCUGCGCAACCUGGUGACCAAGCACAGUGAGACGUUCACCCGCGACAACAACAUGGGGCUGGUGAAGCAGUGCCUGUCCUCUCUGUACAAGAAGAACAUCCAGAGGCUGACCAAGACCUUUUUAACGCUGUCGUUGCAAGACAUGGCGAGUCGUGUGCAGUUAUCUGGGCCUCAGGAGGCAGAAAAGUACGUCCUGCACAUGAUAGAAGAUGGCGAGAUUUUUGCAAGUAUUAAUCAGAAGGACGGGAUGGUCAGUUUCCACGAUAACCCUGAGAAGUACAAUAACCCCGCCAUGCUUCACAGCAUCGACCAGGAGAUGCUCAAGUGCAUAGAGCUGGACGAGCGGCUGAAGGCCAUGGACCAGGAGAUCACCGUGAACCCCCAGUUUGUGCAGAAGAGCAUGGGCUCACAAGAGGAUGAUUCAGGAAACAAACCAUCCAGUUACUCCUGAGGCCAGCGCUCGUCCUGCGUUAGAGGGAAACUGUCCCUCGGCCGGUGGCAGGUGUCGGGAGGGCAGCAGGAAGGACCAGCCACUUCGCCUGGAUCCUGCCACGUUACAUUUUGUUUUGACAUCUUCAGUCCUGUGUGCUUUCAGAGAACCAUUCUCUCUGCAAAGAAAGGAAAAAAUUUUCAAACUUUAAAGCUUGUGGAUUUAUUUAUCCUCAGAUUAAUGUUGUUAUUGCAUUAAAUCUGCUUUUUUGUUUUAAAUUA